AUGGAGGUGUCGGCGGCCGGCCGGGCGGCGGCGGGCUGGAGCCUCACCCUCCAGUCCCCGUUCUUCAUGCGAUUUACAUCUAGUUCAGCUGUCCUAAAGACUCUGAAGGAGAAAGGUUUGGACCGAUCACCACAUACCAAACUUGUGAUGGAGCUGAAACAAGUGAUCAGUAAUUCAAGGGAGCUUGUUCUCAUGAAAGCUGGCCUGAAAACACCGAUGAUGGAAAACAAGAAGCGCCGGCUGAUGAGCGACAAUGAAGAGCAACACAGUUACAAAAGGGCAGCUAGGUCAAGUUUGGAUAGUAGCACCUCCGUAGCAGCACCGGGCAGCGUGAGCGUAUCCUGUCCGGGCGCCCUGAGUGAACUCAGCGAUCAAGUAGUUUCAAGAUUGCGUAGAAGUGUUGUGUCGCUUGCUUCAUUCGAUGGUGAUACCAAGUUACGUGAAUGCACAGGCAUAUGCAUUGAAACCUCAUGUUCGGAUUCUGAAGCUACAGUCCUGACAGCGAGACGGCUGAUUCCACAUACUCGGCGAGCUGCAAGCUUGACGAUUAAAGUGCGUCUUCCAAAUGAUCGGAUUGUCACUGGACGGAUAGAGGAUUGUAGGAUAGAUGCUGAUUUUUUCAUUGUCAACAUCAAGAACUUGUCUGGAGUUGAUGCCGCAAGUCUUGAUCAUGGCAUGCAGUUUGAGCCUCAUACAAAGGUAGCAGCUGUAUGGCGCUGUUUCAGUUCAGGAGUUUUAAUGGCCACAAGCGGACUAAAUCUUGCCCCUCCAAGCCCUCUAACCCGUGAGACAAUCCUAAGCACGUGCCGGAUCCGCAAGGCGGGGAUUGGAGGCCCCCUUGUUGAUUUUAAUGGGAACUUUGUUGGGAUGAACUCCCAUACCAAAAUGGAAAAGACUACCCACUUGCGAAGGGAACGAAUUCUUCGAUCCUUGGCGCGUCACGGGUUGGCCAGUGUUAGAGUUAAGGAAGGGGUUGAUGAUUCUACGUUGCGAUGCAGUGUUAGAGUUAAGGAAGGGGUUGAUGAUGCUACAAGUCUUGAUCGUGUCAUGCAGUUUGAGCCUUAUAGGAAGGUAGCAGCUAUAUGGCGCUACUUUGAUUCGGGAAAAUUAAAGACCACAGGCGGAGUAGAUCUUGCCUCUGUAUGUGCUCAUACCGAUGAGAAAAUGCUAAGCACAUGCCAAAUCCACGAGGUGGGGAUUGGAGGUCCCCUAGUUGAUUUUGAUGGCAACUUUGUUGGAAUGAACUGCUCUGGUACAGAACAAAGAAAGACCCCCUACGUACGAAGGCCUUCAAUUCGUACAUUCAUGUGGUUUCGCGGGAUGGUCAGUGUUAAGGAAGAUGUUGAGGAUGCUGUAAGAGAAAGAAUUGAAAGUCGUUAUGGAGGAUCAUGUUUCCUCAUGCCAGGACGCGGGCAAUACAUUAAUCGUCUCGAUGCUACAUUCAAGAAGGAUAUCCUGAGGAAACCAUUCAAAUGUGCUGGUUUAGAAAUGGAUCGAAGUGCCUACUCACUUGCUUCAGAAUCAAGCAAACGUCUCGCUUCAGAAAUGAAUCAAAGUGUUGUCUCACUUGCUUCAUUCAAUGGAUUUGCAAAAAAGUUUUCUUGCACAGGUAUAUUUAUCAAGGAGAAAGCAUGCUCUGCAACAAUUCUGACUUCAGCAAGUUUGGUUAGAGUUCCUGGCAGUGCACACAUGAUUGAUGAUAACUUGAGGAUUGAAGUUUGCCUUCCAGAUGGAUUUCGAGUUGUUGGGAUAUUGAAGUGUUAUAAUUUACACUACAAUGUUGCUCUUGUUGAGAUCAUGGGAUUCUGGCGUCCUCGGACAAUAAAAAUAAGUGGCAAUCCAGUUACCUCGUCCAUGGACGUAAUAUCUGUGGGUAGUCUUUUUGCGCAUCGCAGACUAAUGGCUGUCGAGGGCAAGGUGCUGAUUGGCAAACAAAGCGAACUUGAUUGCCAAGAACUCUGCGUCUCCACCUGUAAAAUCAGCAAGGCUGGGAUUGGGGGGCCUCUUAUUGACACUGAUGGAAAUUUUGUUGGAAUUAACUUUUAUGAUGAGGAAGAAACUCCGUUUUUGCCGAGGGAUGUUAUUCGCCGCCUCUUAAAUAACAAAUGGAGUAGCGCAGAUGAUAGUAUUAUUGAGGGUGUUGAAAACAGAUGGUUGUUGCCUGGCUGGACACACAGAAAUGCUGAUACUAUUGCAGCGGUUGACGGAAACAAAUGGCCGUUGCCUGAGCCACGUCGUCUCUUUUGUGAUGAACUCGUGCCCCACCGUUCGCAUCUUCGCAAACGAACCUAUCAGCACCACCGCCUAGAUCUCCCCGCACGGCCGCCGCCCAAGCAACAAAUCACCUGCGUGCAGGCCGAGCUGCCGAGUGAUGGAAUUGUGCGGCCGCUGCCCAAGCAAGAAAUCACCUAG